UCUGUAAUUAAGAGGAUUUAAUUAUACUGCCACAAGGUUUUCAAAUCUAUGCUUUGAGCCUGUGGGUCGAGUGGUAUUUAGAUCUUAUAUCUUACUUUUAUUGUGGUUUGUUCAGAUUAUGUUGAGCUAAAUUUUUCUGUCUGCAUGGUAAUUUUUCUUGCGUUAAUUCUGCUGUAGAUGGUGUAGGCUUUUGUAUUAUUUCUAAGAGAUUCUCCCACCACGGCAUUUUGUAGUCUUUAGUUCGUGUAGUUAAUGGAGAUUGCAGCUGCCCCUGUUAUGGAUGGAACCGAUCCAGUUACUGGUCAUAUCAUUUCCACAACAAUUGGGGGCAAAAAUGGAGAACCUAAACAGACCAUUAGUUACAUGGCAGAGCGUGUUGUGGGGACUGGGUCAUUUGGUAUUGUUUUCCAGGCAAAAUGCUUGGAAACUGGAGAGACCGUGGCAAUAAAAAAGGUUUUGCAGGACAGGAGAUAUAAGAAUCGUGAACUGCAGUUGAUGCGUGUGAUAGAUCAUCCUAAUGUGGUGUCUUUGAAGCAUUGUUUCUUUUCCACGACUAGUAAAAAUGAAUUGUUUCUCAAUUUGGUCAUGGAGUUUGUCCCGGAGAGCAUGUAUAAGGUCUUACAGCAUUACAGCAGUGCAAAACAGACAAUGCCACUCAUAUUUGUCAAACUUUACAUGUAUCAGAUUUUCAGAGGAUUGGCAUACAUCCACACUGUUCCUGGAGUUUGCCACAGGGAUUUGAAGCCUCAAAAUAUCCUGGUUGAUCCUUUUACUCAUCAGGUUAAGCUCUGUGACUUUGGAAGUGCCAAAGUACUGGUUAAAGGUGAAGCUAACAUAUCAUACAUAUGUUCACGUUUCUACCGUGCACCGGAACUUAUAUUUGGUGCCACUGAGUAUACCACUUCAAUUGAUAUCUGGUCUGCCGGUUGUGUCCUAGCUGAGCUUCUUCUGGGCCAGCCAUUGUUUCCUGGAGAAAAUGCGGUCGACCAGCUUGUGGAAAUUAUCAAGGUUCUUGGUACUCCAACUAGGGAAGAAAUCCGUUGUAUGAAUCCCAAUUAUACUGAUUUCAGAUUUCCACAGAUAAAAGCACACCCUUGGCAUAAGGUUUUCCACAAGCGAAUGCCUCCAGAGGCAAUUGAUCUUGCAUCGAGACUACUGCAAUACUCACCAAGUCUUCGCUGCACUGCGCUAGAAGCAUGUGCACAUCCUUUCUUCGAUGAACUCCGCGAACCCAACGCUCGCCUACCAAAUUGCCGCCCUUUUCCGCCUCUUUUUAACUUUAAACAGGAAUUAUCUGGGUCAUCUCCUGAGGUGAUCAACAAAUUGAUACCAGAUCAUGUGAAACGGCAAGUAGGUCUGAGUUUCUUCCACCAAGCUGGAACAUAAAACUAGACAAGAGCAAUGCGCAAAUUGAUAUCUGCCUGUUAACAUGUGAUGGAAGGGAGUAUAAUCUCUACUUGUAAUCAGUAUGCAUUGAAUUACGCUUCGGUUUUCACUUUCGGGAUGUGCCAAGACUCAAAGACAACUGGGUGGCUGCGCCUUGAUUACUGGUCUUCCUUGAUGCUUCAUCACUAUGUUUCCUCUCCUCUCUUUACUACGUUUUUUUCUUCUUUCUCUAUUUUCAUAUUUUUCUUUGUUCUAUUUAUGUAAAUGUUCGAUAGUGAAAAUAGAUUGAAAUGGGCUGACCAGUAAGGUGCUAGUAGAGGGAUAAGUGCUGAAGACUAUUGGUAGCUAUAGGAGUAAAGGCCCCUAAUAGAAUGGCCUGAGCAUAAUGUGGUGGUAUCGGUGGUCAUCGGAUUUUGUACCUUUUCCAGUUGUUUGUACUAAGUCGGUGGUUCGUGGAUAUCUGGAUGGCUUGAAAACGUAAAAUCGUUGUUUCUUGCAGUUUGUGAAGAGUAAAUUUUAUCAUUCCCCUUCUAA